CUUCUGAAGUGAGAAAUGGACUUUGCGGAAAUUCUGUUUGCUUUGUUCAUCGUUGUGAUUGUGAUUGUUUCUUUGCUGUCGAACUUACUGGUGUUGCUAUGUUUCAUUCACAGCAGCGAAAUACGACGCCAGGUGCCAGGGGUGUUUACCAUGAACUUGUCGUUUUGCAACAUACUAAUUUCUGUCGUAAACAUGCCGUCCACUUUAGUUGGGAUUGUAAAGCACCAGCAGCCUUUUGGGGACUGCCUCUGUCGCACGCUCAGCUUUCUGGAGACCUUUCUGACAGCCAACAGCAUGCUGACCAUGGCAGCACUCAGUAUAGACCGCUGGAUCGCCGUGGUUUUCCCGCUGAGUUACUCCAGCAGAAUGCGCUACCGGGACGCACUGGUCAUGGUGUGUUAUUCGUGGCUCCACUCGUUCACAUUCUCCCUUAUUCCACUGCUUUUCUCCUGGUUUGACUAUAGUCCCAUUUACGCAUCAUGCACGUUGCAUUUAAGCAAGGAGAGCGCACAGAUUAAGUUUACUGUGUUCACCAUUGUCUUUCAUUCCACCAGCUUCAUGCUCUCGCUCGUAAUUUUGUGCGUCACAUACUUAAAGGUUUUAAAAGUUGCACGCUUUCACUGCAAGAGGAUUGACAUUAUAACCAUGCAGACCCUCUUCUUACUGGUAGAAAUUCAUCCAAGUGUUAAGCAGCGCUGUAUUGCUGAACAAAAGAGGAGGAAACAGCGCGCUACUAAGAAGAUUAGCAUUUUCAUCGGCUCUUUCAUCAUCUGUUUCGCCCCUUAUGUCAUCACAAGCAAUGUUAAUGAAAUGUGGCCUAUAUUAGAAAUGUCUAGGAAUUGGGUGCUUGGAUGA